UUAUUUCAGCAAUUUCAAAAAUGUCGAGCAAAUCAACAAAGCGAGCAAAAAUCGAAGAUCCGAAGGACAACGUGUUCAUGGUGGAAAAAGUGCUGGACAAGCGAACUGGAAAAGCCGGCAGAGACGAAUUUCUCAUACAGUGGCAAGGAUUCCCCGAGUCUGACUCUAGCUGGGAGCCGAGAGAGAAUCUCCAGUGCGUCGAGAUGUUGGACGAGUUUGAGAGGGAAUUUUCAAAGAGAGAGAAACCAAUUCGCAAACGACACAGCCAGAAGCCCGAACCUUCCGAAGAUCAAGCGGAUCCAGAAGAGGAUAAAGAUGAAAAGAAGGAAACGAAUCAAAAUGACAAAUUCUCACUGGAAGGCAAGCAGUUAAAAUGCAUUGUCGGGCUCACCAAGGGACCUGGGGAACUUCAUUUUCUGUGCAAAUUCAGUGAUGACACGGCACGGCUUCUUCCAGCGAAGGAGGUGAACAGUCGAUACCGCCCGUUCGUCGACGCUUACGGCGAAUUUCUGAAGAAAAAGAUGGAGAGACGACACAAACGGAUUUCCGAGGGAAAGAAGAAGCGUUCGAUUGAGGAAGAUGAUGCAGAUGAUGAGUGGCCUGAAAUGCCACCGGGACAUCGAAUUCUUACAACCGAAGAACACGAGCUGCAACGUAGGAAGGAAUCGAAAAUAUCGCAGGACGUUGAGAUGACUGAAGCGCAAACCGCGGCCGAUAUGCUCAAUGAUAUGCACAUGGCGGCCAAUGGAGAUCUGCUUUCCAGCUUCCCACAAGAUUUCCUUGAAGACUCUGGCGAUGGAGAAGUUCACGAGGCGGCCAUCCUCUCCGUUUUCGAUGACAAUUCGAAUAGCCCGCCACCGUGUCCGAUCGUUGUCGACACUGUACCAGACGAUGAUGACAGUCUCUUGUUCCCAAGAAACUCAUAAAUUAUUUGAUCUCCGCUGUUUCUUUUUUUUUUCGAAAAUCCGAUUUAUAUAAAGUUUGAACAUUAUCUUUAUAUAAUGGAUAGUACAACAAAAAUCUCUUUAGAAAUAUAUAUAAAAAAUAUGUUAGAA